AAUUGAAAUAUUAGCCAAGGAUUUUCAAGAAAAGAUCAAGUUUUCCUUUGGUAUGGAGGAUCCGAAACAAACGGCUUUAACAUCAAAAGAUGCGAAUGGGGAUGAAAUUAACAUUACCUAUGCCGAUUUAAAUGAAAAUGUGUUUUCACCUGUUAUUGAUUACAUAUAUGAGUCUUUGGGGGCCAUUAAAGAACAUAAAUUGCAUCUUAGACAAAAGUGAUAAUUAUUUACGUAACAUCAAACUCAUCGAAACAACAUUUGAUGCUCUUUCUUCUGGCGCAGUUUUUUCAGCAUCCAGACCGUCUGUAUCACAAAUUCCUUUUUCUAAAACCACUACCAGUGAUCAAGUUGAGCCUAGUUCCGAAGAGUAUAUUGACAAGAGCUAUACAAAUGAUGGUUACAAUUUUAUAGUUGGAAUUGAUUUUGGUACAACCUUUUCUGGAUGUUCAUAUGUUAACCUUAAAGAUGAAAAGAAAACAAUCAAAACAAUCAGAGAUAGAUGGCCCGGAGGAAAUUCCCUUGUUUUUGGAAAGGCUCCUACAUUGUUAAUGUUUGACAAGAAAAUGAAGCCUGCCUAUUGGGGAGAGGAAGCGAGACUUAUGGUUAACCACAACAAAGAUUUGCAUCUCUUGGGAAAUUUUAAACUAGCACUGGAUUCUGAUCAUUCUUAUGGUUCCGAUAGCAACAAACCCGAUGAUAAUGAAGGUUUACGAAACCAGGGAGGAAAAACAAAGAAUGAAAAUAAUAAGCUAUCAGCAAUGAACGUGAUUUCUUCUUAUCUCAAGCUGUUCAAAAAUCAUGUGGUCGAAUUCAUCAUUACUAAUGAAAUGAACGAAAAUGUGAGCUUCUUUAACAGGGCAACACUUUUGAAGAAGUACAAGUUCAAGUAUAUUAUUACCGUUCCAGCCAUGUGGGACACAGCAGCCCGAGAAACCAUGGCUGAGGCAGCAAUUGCUGCCACUUUGAUCAAAAGGACCGAACUUGAUCAACUUCUUUUGAUUAGUGAACCUGGAGCAGCUGCCCUUUAUUGCGAAAAGCGAUUCCCUGAUGAGUUUAAACACGAAAGUAGUAGCGAAAAUGAUGACGAAAGUAAUGGCAAAAGUAUCGAAAACUUUAUAGUCUGUGAUGCUGGAGGAGGAACUGUUGAUCUAGUGACUUAUAAGCUCGAAGUAAAGGACGGAGUGUCUCAGAUUUCCCAAAUCGGUGAUGCUGUAGGAGAUACAUGCGGUUCUACUACUCUUGAUAAAAAUUUCAAGGAUUAUCUCUUGAAAUUUUAUAGCGAUGUUGGAAUAACGAUAAACUCAUCCACCAACAUUAAUUUUGAUGGUGUUAUGCGAGAUUUCGAUAGAAAACACAAGGUACCCUACUUUCUGCCCAAUCCAAACCAUGGCGGACAUUUUAAUAUCGAUUUGCCCGGUCAAAAAGAGACCAUACAUUUGUCUAAAGAUGUAAAUUACAGAUUAACCAACGAUAACACAACACUUGAAAUGAGAAAUGAUGACAUGAAGACCAAGGUUUUCGAUCCUGUUGUGGAGCGUGUUCUGGAACUUUUUAAGACGCAGUUUGAUCAAGCAAAGAAACUCGAUAAGAAAAUUGAUGUGAUUCUUAUGGUCGGUGGAUUUUCACAAUCUUUAUACUUACAACAGCGUAUCAAGGAUAAUUUUAGAAACGAAUGUUAUAUAUUCGUUCCAGAAGAGAGUACUCUUGCGAUGUCUCAUGGUGCUGUAAUGUACGGUUUAAAUCCAAAAACUAUAAUUAAAGAAUUUGCUGGCCGUUCUUUUGCUUUAGAGGUACAAGAUCGUUUCGAAGCCAAUGAUGAUGUAGAUAAAAAAGUACAAGGUCCUGAUGGUCAAGAUUAUGCAAAAAACCGCUUACAAUACUUUGUAAAGAAGGGUCAAGGAUUAAAAGAGCAUUUACGUAAAAAGUAUACAAAAGAAGUUUAUGUUGAAUAUCCUCAUGAUGCUGUUUUUGCUGUUUAUUCAAGUGAUACGAAAGAUAAUACCGAGGGUAGAUACGUGACUGAUAAGCAUACAAAAAUCAUGGAAACGAGGGUCACUUUGCCACCCAAUGUUCCCGGAAUCCAGGAUAGGGAGCUAAUUCUCUUCAAGGUCACUUUGGAGACCGGUCACAUUGAGGCCACAGUUGUAAUUGAGUGUCAAAACGCUCUGAUUAAUGACAGCGUCGCUCAUAUGUCCAGCAACAAAAAAUCCAGCUUAAAGGUUGAGAAAAAAUGUAAUCUUAACAUCUUAAAGCACAAGAAACACUUGAUCGAGUAUGCUUUAGUUAAUAGCAAAGUCCAUAAGUAAAAUAUGAUUUUAUUCGUAUCAACUGAAAUUAAAAUUGGAAAACUUUUUGUUCAAACUUUAUUUUUA